CUUGCAUCUCAAUCGUGGGCGGAUUUCAAUCUUCAUCAAUUCAGUGUUACUUUAGCCGUUCUUUGUAACGAUCAGUUUUUAUUUGUGAUGGAGUUUCGGUCUUAUUGACUUUAAUCAGGUCUAAUAAAAGUCGAUAAGGAUACAACAUUGAGAUAACAAUUUUUUUAAAUUAAAAAAAUUCCCCAAUCUAAAAUAGAAUAGCUACUCACACUACAAAUUACCCAAAUAAUUAAAUUUUGGAUCAAGCCACACACUCAUAGGUCUUAUCGGUAAAACUAAAAGAUAAGAGAUUGGCAUUUGGGUAGACAUAUGGAAGACGAAGCAUUAGACGUUACUAAAUCGUCGCAAGCUCAACAAUCCAGCAGUAGUCGAGAAAGCAGCCAAGCCGGUAACAAUACAUUUCUUCUACGAUCAAGACCCAUCAAUUAUACAUCAAACAACAACAAUAUGCCGUUAGAAGACUCUGAUCGCAACAAGAGCAUAAUGGCUCGAAUUGAAUUCGCCGUGAAUCUGAUCAAUCAAAUGCUAAUCGGAUUUGCUGCCAUUUAUAUGAGUUGGAUGUGCAUCAAGUUUGAUCUUAAAAAAACCGCUUUGCACGCUUGGCUUGUUACUAUUGGAUUUAACUUCCUUAUGGCUGAGGGUGUGAUGACACAUUACAAUGGCAACAUCCUGCUGUUUAACUAUUCGAGAAAAUCAAAAACAACAAUCCAUUGGGUUCUACAGGCUUUGGGUGGAUCUCUUGGUAUUGCUGGUGGAAUUGUGAAGAUUUGCCAAAAAGAAACCCAUUUCACAACAAUUCAUGGAAAAGUUGGCUUAGCAGCUUUGAUCAUUUGCGGUAUAAGUAUGUUAUCUGGACUGAGUGCUCUCUAUUCACAAAAUUUGAAACGUCUUCUUCAACCACUGUUGAACAAGACCGUUCAUAAUUUCUUGGGGCUAUGUGGAUUCGUUUUAGCUAUGGUUGCUCAAUAUUAUGGAUAUGAGACGGGCUUUUUCAAAUUCCAAACCGAAGCUGGUUUUCGUAUAAUGAUGCAAGUUAUAACUAUAUUAACGAUUUGUUGCUGCUGUUGGGGACCUUUAAAGGCACUUUGGGUAAAGUGUAAGAUCAUUAAGGAGAAUUUUUGAUUUUGUGGAAAAUAAGAAGAGGAUUUUAAAGACUUGGAAAUAGUGAAUAAGUUAAAAAUUAAGUUGAAAACGAAAUUAAUUUUAGUUUUUAAAAAUAUGGAAAGUGAUAGCAAGAUAAGUGAUAAGGAUAAUAAAGAUGAUCACGUUAUCGUUUAAAGAAAAACUAUAGUGAAUAAAUUGUGUAGACUUUUAAUAAUUAAUUCUAUAGUUUCAUUGGCAGAAAUUAAAAUGAGUCAUUUUUUGUUUCCGAAAAAAAAUUAUACUUCAUUUUCUAAAAACUAAUGGAAUUCAAGUUUUAAGUAAGUAUGAGCUAUAUGAACAUGUCUUAUUUUAGAAUCCAAUAAAACUGUAAAAUUGUGAUAGUUUACUCUUAAGUUAAAAAGAGAA